AAAUUUGUAAAUUAGGGAUACGGAACGGUCUCAAUUGGUAAAAUACGGUCCAAUUUCGGAUAAUCUUCCUUAGGAGGAUAACACAGUCACCAACAUAAUCCGUGACAUCCAAUUUUUUAUAUUAUCCAAUUCUCUGAAGUUUCUGUUCGUUUUUUUGGCUGAUUCGAUGUUGUUGCCAGAGUCUGUGAGCAAGCUAUCGAGGUUUAGGUCAAUCCGAUACAGAAAGUAUUUUUCCUUGUUCGCCCUUGGUGAUGAAAUGGAUAGUAAAGUUGCUGGAAUAGGAGAUCGCUGUUUCUGGAAGCAUGCUGAGUUUAGAAAUGAAAAAGAAGCAUCUUUAUCAAAUGAAACAAAGAGAUCCCUCUUCAAUCGAGAUCUUGCAUUUCUUGAACUUGCUGCUUACCAGAACCUGAAUCGUCAUAACAGCUCCCAGUACCAUACUGGGGAGAUUAAACACAAGCUGUUGGGUUCUAUGCCGAAGUUUGUGAAGAUAGUGGAAGUUGGUCCUAGAGAUGGACUGCAAAAUGAGAAGGAGAUUGUGCCAACAUCUGUAAAAGUGGAACUAAUAAAGAUGCUAGUUUCUUCAGGGUUGCCUGUUGUUGAGGCCACUAGUUUUGUCUCACCAAAAUGGGUACCUCAGCUAGCCGAUGCAAAGGAUGUAAUGUCAGCCAUUCAGGGAUUUGGGCAUUCUAGAUUUCCUGUUUUGACCCCAAAUCUCAAAGGUUUUGAGGCCGCUAUGGCAGCUGGGGCAAAAGAAGUAGCAGUGUUUGCUGCUGCGUCCGAGUCAUUUUCCCGUUCAAAUUUAAAUUGCAGCAUUGAAGAUAGUCUUGCUCGGUACCGUGAUGUUGCCCUUGCUGCUAAAAACCACAAAGUUCCUGUUCGUGGAUAUAUAUCAUGUGUUGUGGGUUGUCCUAUGGAAGGAGCAGUACCUCCAUCAAAAGUAGCAUAUGUUGCUGAAGAACUUAUAAAUAUGGGCUGUACUGAAAUAUCCCUUGGUGAUACGAUCGGUGUUGGCACUCCUGGUACUGUCAUUCCGAUGCUUGAAGCUGUGCUUAAUGUUGUUCCUAUCGAGAAACUUGCAGUGCACUUUCACGACACUUACGGGCAAGCCCUUUCAAACAUUUUGUUAUCACUCCAAAUGGGCAUCAGCACGGUGGACUCCUCCAUUUCGGGGCUUGGUGGAUGCCCAUAUGCUAAAGGUGCUACCGGAAAUGUGGCUACUGAAGAUGUGGUUUAUAUGCUCAACGGCGUGGGAGUGAAAACAAACGUGGAUCUCGGAAAACUCAUUUUGGCUGGAGAUUAUAUUUCGAAAUAUUUGGGUCGACCCUCGGGUUCUAAAGCUGGCAUCGCGUUGAGCAGAACCUUGAGUAAUGCUUCUAAGCUUUAAGUUGAAGGAAGCAACAUCUCGUCUCUUACCAAUAGGCAUCUCGAUUCCAGAAGAUGCGUAUUUGAUUAACUAAAUGUGUAUAUAGUUAAUCUAUCAGCAGUGUACUUUCGUAUUUAUAUUGUUUUUAAAUAAUAGGAAACACAUUUAUUUUGGAUUGA